AUGCAACGAGUGUCUUCCACGACGUUGACUGCUGCGCGAGUCACUAUGAUGCAAGCUAAAAAGGCGCACUCUCCACCUAGUCCGACAGAUUCGCUACCAUCGAAAAAAGCACGGACAGUGGCAUUAAAGCGGGAUCGAAAGCGUGUGCACAAUUUGCAAAAAGCCUACCAGAAGCAAGUGCUAAAACAUGGUGAUCCGCCCAUUUUGUUUGACAUUCUUGAGAUGCUUGGCAAGCCGCGAGUAGAUGAGAUUUUAGCGCGGAACGAGGAGUUUGAGCGCGUGCCACCAUUCGGUGAAGAGGUCGUGGUAAAGAUCGAUCGACUUAGCUCACAUGGCGACGGCCUUGCACUCACACCACAAGGCGACCGACUCUUGGUGGUACCAUUUGCACUUCCUGGCGAAGUUGUGCGUGUGUAUCCAUAUGCAUCUGACCGAUUUGUUUUCAAGUCGCGCAUUGUAGAAAUACUGGAACGGAAUGCGUCCAUGCGUAAGGAGAGUCUUGUGCAAUGUCGAUAUUUCGGACAAUGUGGUGGUUGCCAAUACCAGAUGAUCCCCUAUGAGCAGCAAUUGGAGCUAAAACGGGAAGUAGUGCGACGCGCAUUCAUGCAUUAUUCUAAGUUGGACUCGUCGCUCGUGCCAGAAGUGCUUCCAACCAUGCCAUCUCCUGAGAGGAUGCAUUAUCGCACAAAGCUCACGCCGCAUUUUGAUCUCCCAGCUUCAUUGCGCCGUGCGUACGGAAAAGAAGUACCGGCAGAGCCUGUCGAUGUGGCUAUCGGAUUUGAUAAUCCUUCCACGGGUCGUGUCAUGGAUAUCGAGGAGUGCCCUAUCGGCACACCGGUUCUUAAUGAGGCAAUGAAACGGGAACGUCAGAGGGUGCGCGAGUCAAUUCGAAGCUUUAAAAAUGGGGCUACCUUGCUUCUUCGAGACUCUUUGAAGUCGUUUGAUAGCGAAGAGUCUGUGGCCGUCACUGACCACAAAGCCACCGUUUAUGAGCGUGUUGGUUCCACCAAAUUUUCAACACCGGCCGGUGCUUUUUUCCAGAACAAUCGCUCUAUUAUUCCCCUCGUCAUGGAUUAUGUGCGGUCACAGCUUCCAGCUAGUGAUAAGCCGCGGUAUCUCGUGGAUACAUAUUGUGGUUCAGGCCUCUUCGCGCUGUCCCUGGCCCCGCUCUUUGACAAAGUAGCAGGGGUCGAAAUCAGUGCCAGCUCGAUUGAAUGUGCCAAUGAAAACGCCCGGCAAAAUCAUAUUUUCAAUGCCGACUUUCUGGCAGGCGAGGCAGAAAACAUUUUUUCAAAGAUUUCCUUUCCGCGUGCACAAACCACGGUCGUGAUUGAUCCUCCUCGCCGGGGAUGCGAUCAGGCAUUUAUUGAUCAGCUCGUUGCCCUACGACCACGAAACAUCAUUUAUGUGUCAUGCAAUGUUCAUACCCAGGCACGCGACACGGGUAUGCUCCUUCGGGCGUGUCCUUCGUACCAGAUCCAGAGUGUGCGUGGAUUUGACUUCUUCCCACAAACGCACCACGUUGAGAGCAUAUGCGUUAUGCAGGACACUGAAUUUACCACGGCAGGAGACACGCAAAGCUUACAGUAA